UGUAGUUAAUAGAAUUCAAACAGUCGUUCUAGUAAAAUGUUCUAGCGAAUGAGGGGCUUUUUGUAGUGGUUGGUGUAACAGUCAGGUUAAUAAUAUCUCUUGAUCUAACUGCGUUGAACUUUAACACGGUUUCUCAAGUACACAAGUGAAGCAGUAAGGAUGUCCAGUUCAAGAAAAGUGGUCGAGUUGUUCUAUGAUGUUGUUUCUCCGUAUUCCUGGCUGGCAUUUGAGGUGCUGUGUCGCUAUAGAAAGGUUUGGAACAUCGACCUCAAAUUUAAACCGGCAUAUUUAGGGGGAGUUAUGCAUGAGUCAGGAAACCGGCCCCCUGGAAUGGUCCCAAAUAAGUUUCAUUACAUGACCACAGAUCUGAAGCGGCUGUCUGACUAUUUUGGGGUCCAUUUGUCUCCACCUUCAAAUGUUUUUGAGGCAAUGUUUGAGAAAGGCACAUUGAAUGCGAUGCGUUUUGUGACAGCUGUAGCAGAGAAGGAAAAAGAGGGAGACAUGCUGGUGGAGAGGGUAUCUAGAGAGCUCUGGAAAAGAAUCUGGAGUACUGAUCAGGAUAUUACCCAACCUGCCUCACUCACUGAGGCAGGAUUAAAAGCAGGUCUCUCAGCCAAUGAGGUGGAGGAAAUUCUGACUCUUUCGAAAUCUCAGCCAAUCAAAGACAAACUGAAGAGUGUCACACAGGAAGCACUGGAGCAUAAAUGCUUUGGUUUUCCUUUCAUUGUGUGUUAUGUGAAUGGGAAGGCUGAGGUCUUCUUUGGUUCUGACAGAUUUGAGCUCAUGGCUCAUUGCAUCGGGGAGAAGUGGGUUGGGCCUCAGCCUGCCAACCCCAGAGCCAAAAUGUGAUCACUGCUCUUCUGUAUUUCUAAUUAAAAUUUUUAAAUGGUAUAAAUUCACAACUCUCUUACAAUAUAAACAUAUUGAAUACAAAAGAGAGGGGGUAAAAGCCUUGGAGACAGAAAUAAUAACAUUUGUCUAUAUACUCUACUGUUUAAAAGUUGUAUUUUGUGCUCAACAAGGCUGCAUUAAUUUAAUUAAAAAUACUGUAAAAACUG